CUGCUUAAACCCGUGCUUUGGGAUUCCACGGUGUUAGAAACACCAAGAGUUUGAGACACCCAUUUCAAAGCUGGACACUCCACCGUGGAGACGACACCCAAACGCUUCAGGACUAUGGACUAUUAAAUGACAGAGCAGCCAUGGGGCAGGCUCAGCAGACAGAGAACAGUCAGGAGAUUGAUGUCAAAGCCCUGCAGGACAUGUACAAACGGUUUGUCUUAGAGUGCCCAAGUGGAGUACUUUUUCUGCACGAGUUCAAGCGUUUCUUCGGUGUGGAUCCAACUGGAGAAGCGUCUGAGUAUGCGGAGAACAUGUUUCGAGUGUUUGACAAAAAUGGGGACAACACAAUAGAUUUCCUGGAGUUUGUGGCUGCACUCAACCUUGUUUUCCGUGGAGACCUGGAGCAUAAACUGCGCUGGUCGUUCAAGGUGUACGACAAGGACAGCAACGGCUACAUAGACCGGGAUGAACUACGGUCCAUAAUAGAUAGCAUCUAUCGGGUCAAGAGAGGCUCCAAGACCGACACAGAAGACUCAAAGCUUACAGUCGACGAGGUUGUAAAUCGAAUAUUAGCGGCUGUAGAUAGCGAUGGAGAUGGUACUAUCACCAUGGAAGAGUUCAUUAAAGGUGCACAGCAAGACCCUUGGGUGCUCAACAUGUUGAAGCUGGACAUGAACCCGGCCCGAUGGGUCAUGGAGCACCGGAGAAAGAGUGCACACUUCUGAAGCAUCAAAACACCUCAGCCUUCCCCAUGUGGACAAAAUGUGGAACAAUCACGGCUUCAAUUAAGACAUUUAGUCACGUCUAUAUAAUGUGUUAAGUGCACAAGUUAACACUGAAAAUCUAGAUUCUUCUUGCCAGCAUUUACAGUUUCAUAUUUACAGACUGGUCAUUAUAGUGUCUAUGUUGCCAUUAUUUAUCUUUUAGCAAAGGGACACUUAGAAAUGAGUGUGAGCAUACUGAAAAGUGUAUACUCACUACUUAUUUCUUUGGGUACAGCAUUCUGUGACAGCUAUACUAAUGGUCAAGCUUAAUUAUAUUAUUUUCAUUCAAGAAACACAUAACUGUAAUUAUAAACAAGUGCAUAUACAGUACAUGGCAUGCUAACUCUAAGUGAGCCUUUCUGUUGUAAAGUGUCAAUGUGUAAAUAACGAAUUAUUGUGCUUUUUUAUUGUCAUGUUUUUUGUUUUGUUUUUUACUAUUUUCAGUUUUGUUUGUUGUUAAGCGAAUAAUAACAUUACUGGGACAUAAUAUAUCAUCACUAUGUAUACACGUUGGCAUAAACUGAAUAAAAGUACUGUGAGAAACAUUGUUGUAUUUUACUUUUAAAGGCAGAUUUCACUACAUAUGAA